CCCGCCCGGCCGGCCGGCCAUGGCCCCCGUCCGGGGCCACCUGCCCCUCGCGUUCUGGGUUGUCGCGGCCGCAGCGGCGGCAGCCACCUGCGUGUCCGCGGCGCGCGGCGAAGUGAACUUGCUGGACACGUCAGCCAUCCACGGGGACUGGGGCUGGCUCACGUAUCCAGCUCACGGGUGGGACUCCAUCAACGAAGUGGACGAGUCCUUCCGGCCCAUCCACACGUACCAGGUGUGCAACGUCAUGAGCCCCAACCAGAACAACUGGCUGCGCACCAGCUGGGUGCCCCGCGACGGCGCCCGGCGCGUCUACGCCGAGAUCAAGUUCACCCUGCGUGACUGUAACAGCAUGCCUGGCGUGCUGGGCACCUGUAAGGAGACCUUCAACCUCUACUACCUGGAGUCGGACCGCGACCUGGGUGCCAGCACACAGGAAAGCCAGUUCCUCAAAAUUGACACCAUUGCGGCCGAUGAGAGCUUCACGGGCGCUGACCUGGGCGUGCGACGCCUGAAGCUCAACACGGAAGUGCGUGGUGUGGGCCCCCUCAGCAAGCGCGGCUUCUAUCUGGCCUUCCAGGACAUUGGGGCCUGCCUCGCCAUCCUGUCCCUCCGCAUCUACUACAAGAAGUGCCCCACCAUGGUGCGCAACCUGGCCGCCUUCUCGGAGGCGGUGACGGGGGCCGACUCAUCGUCGCUGGUGGAGGUGCGCGGCCAGUGUGUGCGGCACUCAGAGGAGCGGGACACGCCCAAGAUGUACUGCAGUGCCGAGGGCGAGUGGCUGGUGCCCAUUGGCAAGUGUGUGUGCAGCGCUGGCUAUGAGGAGCGGCGGGAUGCCUGUGUGGCUUGUGAUCUGGGCUUCUACAAGUCAGCUCCUGGGGACCAGCUCUGUGCCCGCUGCCCUCCUCAUAGCCACUCUGUAGCCCCUGCAGCCCAGACCUGCCGCUGUGACCCCAGCUACUACCGUGCAGCACUGGACCCACCCUCUGCAGCCUGCACCCGGCCACCGUCAGCACCAGUGAAUCUGAUCUCCAGCGUGAAUGGAACCUCCGUGACCCUGGAGUGGGCCCCGCCACUGGACCCGGGCGGCCGCAGCGACAUCACGUACAAUGCCGUGUGCCGCCGCUGCCCCUGGGCGUUGGGUCACUGCGAGUCCUGUGGGAGUGGCACCCGCUUUGUGCCCCAGCAGACGAGCCUGGUGCAGGCCAGCCUGCUGGUGGCCAACCUGCUGGCCCACAUGAACUACUCCUUCUGGAUCGAGGCUGUCAACGGCGUGUCAGACCUGAGCCCCGAACCCCGCCGGGUGGCAGUCGUCAACAUCACCACGAACCAGGCAGCCCCAUCCCAGGUGCUGGUGAUCCGCCAGGAGCGGGCAGGGCAGACGAGCGUCUCGCUGCUGUGGCAGGAGCCUGAACAGCCCAAUGGCAUCAUCCUGGAGUACGAGAUCAAAUACUACGAGAAGGACAAGGAGAUGCAGAGCUACUCCACCCUCAAGGCUGUCACCACCAGGGCCACCGUCUCGGGCCUCAAGCCGGGCACCCGCUAUGUGUUCCAGGUCCGAGCCCGCACCUCGGCAGGCUGCGGCCGAUUCAGCCAGGCCAUGGAGGUGGAGACUGGGAAACCCCGGCCCCGCUAUGACACGCGGACCAUCGUCUGGAUCUGCCUGACACUCAUCACCGGACUGGUCAUGCUUCUCCUUCUGCUCAUCUGCAAGAAGAGGCACUGUGGCUACAGCAAGGCCUUCCAGGACUCAGACGAGGAGAAGAUGCACUAUCAGAAUGGACAGGCGCCUCCACCUGUCUUCCUGCCCCUGCAUCACCCCCUGGGGAAGAUCCCGGAGCCCCAGUUCUAUGCAGAACCCCACACCUAUGAGGAGCCAGGCCGGGCGGGCCGCAGUUUCACCCGAGAGAUUGAGGCUUCCAGGAUCCACAUCGAGAAAAUCAUCGGCUCCGGAGAGUCAGGGGAAGUCUGCUAUGGGCGACUGCGGGUGCCGGGGCAGCAGGACGUGCCUGUAGCCAUCAAAGCCCUCAAAGCUGGCUACACGGAGAGACAGCGGCGAGACUUUCUGAGUGAGGCGUCCAUCAUGGGUCAGUUCGACCACCCCAAUAUCAUCCGCCUUGAAGGUGUCAUCACCCGUGGCCACCUGGCGAUGAUUGUGACCGAGUACAUGGAGAACGGCUCUCUGGAUGCCUUCCUGCGGACUCACGACGGGCAGUUCACCAUCACGCAGCUGGUGGGCAUGCUGAGGGGGGUGGGUGCUGGCAUGCGGUACCUCUCAGACCUGGGCUACGUGCACCGCGACCUGGCCGCCCGCAACGUCCUGGUCGACAGCAACCUGGUCUGCAAGGUGGCUGACUUCGGGCUCUCGCGGGUGCUGGAGGAUGAUCCAGAUGCCGCCUACACCACCACGGGAGGGAAGAUCCCCAUCCGCUGGACGGCCCCCGAGGCCAUCACCUUCCGGACCUUCUCCUCUGCCAGUGACGUGUGGAGUUUUGGUGUGGUCAUGUGGGAGGUGCUGGCCUAUGGGGAGCGGCCGUACUGGAACAUGACCAACCGUGACGUCAUCAGCUCGGUGGAGGAGGGGUACCGCCUGCCGGCGCCCAUGGGCUGCCCCCGCGCCCUGCACCAGCUCAUGCUUGACUGUUGGCACAAGGACCGGGCCCAGCGGCCUCGCUUUGCCCAGAUUGUCAGUGUCCUUGAUGUGCUGAUCUGCAACCCUGAGAGUCUCAGGGCCACGGCCACUGUCAGCAGGUGCCCGGCCCCAGCCUUCGCCCAGAGCUGCUUUGACCUCCGUGGGGGCGGGAAUGGCAGUGGGGGCCUCACCGUGGGGGACUGGCUGGACUCCAUCCGCAUGGGGCGCUACCGGGACCACUUCGCCGCUGGUGGUUACUCCUCUCUGGGCAUGGUGCUACGAAUGAACGCCCAGGACGUGCGUGCCCUGGGCAUCACUCUCAUGGGCCACCAGAAGAGGAUCCUGGGCAGCAUCCAGACCAUGAGGGCCCAGCUAACCAGUACCCAGGGGCCCCGCCGGCACCUCUGACCAGACCAAGCCAGCCCCAGGUCAUGCCAGCUGUCAGGACUUGCAGGGUUGGCUGGCAGUCAGGGCAGCCCCAGGUUUCUGCCCUUCCUCCUUGGCUACCUUUCUGUCAGGUGCCAGGGAGGCCAAAGACUCCACUGCAGGACCUGGAGUGAUCAGGGGUCGGGCCACCUGGGAAGGGACCUCAGGGCAGAGGGUCUGCUCUUUCCUAGAAGCUAGGGACUCAAUGCCACUGAGCCCAACAGAGAUGUCGCUCACCUGCCUCUGUGUGUGUGUGUGUGUGUGUGUGUGUGUGUGUGUGUGUCUGCGCGUGCGCACGUGCAUUCUUGUGCUAUGUGGGGUGUGUUCUCACAAGGUCAUGGGACUACAUGUGUGUGUGUCCACCCUCCAGGUCCCAGCAUGGAUGUGUGCCAGUUAGGGUACACGUGUUUAUUCAUUAAGACUGGGAGCACAUGUACAUAAGUGUGGGUGAUGUGAUGAAUGAUGGUUAAUGUUGCAGGCCUGUGAGCAGGGAACUCGGUGUGAUGCUGCCCAUCAAAAGUGGGCCCAGGUCCCAGCACCCACCCGGACCAGAGGGAGGCUCACGGCCGCCGUCCCCCCGCCUGGAGGCCGGAGCCAGGGGGCACUUCUGAUCCCCACCAGCACCAGGCCCACCCUUAUCUCCGCCCGGGUGAGCUCACCCCCGGCUCUAUCUCAGGUCUGAGCCCUCCCUCUAGCUGGUGGGGGACCAUGUGGCCUCUAUGUGGCUCUACUGCUGCUUCAACAGGAAAACAGGGUUCCCGGCCAGCCCUUCUGGCCGCCUCUGUAUAGAUAAUCACCACAGGGUACAGGGGCUGCUCUCAGCUGGGCUUGGCUGCCUGGCCAGAGGCCACCAAGUUCCCUCGAGUCUCUGAAGCCCCUCCACCGCCCAGGCCCCCUCACUUGGAAGUCCCUCCACCAACCUCACUGCCCCCAGCCCCAUGCCUGGGAUCAGGGACCAGAAGAUCCUAGCUUUUCAACCCCAAGUCCACCACUCCUGUGCCAUCUGGGCAGACCAAGGGCAUGUGCCUGUCCAAGGUCACACAGCAGCCAAAUUUCUGCGCUGAGCCUCCUUCCUCCCAGAGCUCUUCCCCCCCCACAUUAACCCACACAGACAGCUAUGAGUGGGAGGGGGCCUGGGACGCCCCCACACACACUCAGACUGACCCUCUCCCUUACGGCCCACCAGGGUAUGUAAAUAUCUUUUUUCUACCAUGUCAGAAUAUUUUUUUCUCACUCCUGACAAUGCAAAAAUGGUCUCCAAAGCACAUAAAAAGCACCCAGGGUGAGAAAGCUCCAGGAACCUGGAAGCCGUGGGGGCCCAAGGAACCCCACUGGGCAGGAUGCUGGGUACCCCCUGCUGGUCCCCAGGGAGGGGCAGGCCCAGCCCCCAGCCCUCCCAUAGCCAGCACAGCUGUUCCAGGGAGACACCAGCACUGAGAGCCCCCUCUCCCUCCUGCAAUAAUUAGGGGAAUCUCAGCCCCGCCCGGGUGCCGCGGCCAGCUCUCUACACCUCUAUCUAUAUACUUAUAUUACUAUAUAGCCAAGCUGUUCUUCCUAUGGAAGUCGGAAACAUGGUCAGCACACGAUCCGUGGAGGACCCUGUCUUCCUCCCACCCCCACCCCACUCUCACCCAGCCCUGGGCUCUGGAUCCUCAUAGUCGGGGGAACACAGUGGGGCUGACACUUGCAAAAGUGGGGCCCUGCUCCUGGUAUGAGGUGCCCCUCGAUCCCAGGGACCUGCCUCUCUGUGGUCUCCAUUGUGAGUCUUGAACUUGCCCACAAUGAGAAUAAAUUCUGCCUCAUCUUUGCCUGUGUCCCCCAUUUUUUCCAUUCCUACAACCCUUGACAUCUGGUCAGGAAGAAGCUCCCUCAUGCUGUGCACCUACUGUAUCCAGCCCAUGCGUUUCUUCCCGUCUCUCCCA